CACUGUAGAGCCAUCUGCCAAGGUUUCUUGUGGCUGAAACGUUUGGUAUUCGUCAUUGUAAAUGUUAACAAAUGUUUCUCAGUGUCCAGUGAGGAAUGAGGAGUAGAAACAAAGAGGAAAAAAACUGCCUGCGUUCAACCUUGCGACGAGAAACUGAAUUUUCAUCCGGACCUCUUAUAAAGUCACCUGGAUGGAGCAGCAGAAGCAGCAGCAGGGUCUCUGUAGCUUCACUCCGGGCAUGUUUGCAUGCUGCGAGGCUGGGGUCUCCACUGGUUUGCUCAACAUGCGUCUGUCCAUCACCUCAACCACCGGCAGCCCAGUGGAGCUCAGUGUCUCCCGAGGAGAAACCGUGGAGGGGCUAAGGGCUCAGAUCUCCCACAAACUCAGGAUGCAAACAGACAGAAUCGUUCUCCUCCAUAAAGACAAGCAGCUGACUGCGGGUAAACUGUUGGACCUGGGUGUAACAGAUGGCAGCAAACUAACCCUGGUCCCUGUGGUUGAGGCUGGAAUAGCAAGCUCAACUGCCAGAGCUGAGAGAGGUAUCAUGGAUGUUUUGGAGAGCUUAACAGAAGUCCAGAUCAGUGACUUCCUGUCUGGGCGCUCACUUCUGACUCUUAACCUGGGGAUCGGGGCUCAUGUGAUGUACGUGCAGCUGCAGCUGUCUGCACAGAAUGUGGCUGAGCUGCAGCAGCACCAGGAUUUCAGAGCCAAGAGCAGGAGAGAGCUUCAAACCAGCCUUCCUGGAAGAAUAAGCCCUUCUGACUCUACAUCAACCUGCUUCUCCUCCAACACAGCAGGAUUUACGACUCCCCCUGCCUCUAAAAGCUCCUCUCAAGGACCCAACUCCUCUGGCUCUCAAACUCUGAACUCUCAAAGAAACAGGACAUCCUUGAACUCAACAGCCCCCGCCUCCUACAUAUUGCCCCCUAACCCUGCAAAUCACCGUCACUGUACAUCUCCCCAUCCAUCCUGUCCUACCCCAACUCACCACGAAUCAUCUCCAGUUAUUUCAACCCCAUCUCUGCCUUCUGAAUAUCUGCAUCCCAGCUCACCAUUACAAGCAGCCACACCAGUCUGUUCAACUGCUCCCUCCAGCUCCAUGCCUGCACCCCUGAGUCCACCACCCGCCUCAACAUUCAAUGAGUGUAAUAUUCAAGCUACAUUUCCUACUGAGCCAAGCAAGCAGCCGGGAGCAGUCAUUGAAAGUUUUGUGAGCCACUCCCCUGGCGUCUUCUCCGGGACUUUUUCUGGGACUCUGGCCCCUAACAGUCCGAGCGGCAUCAACCAUCCUCGUGGUGGCAUCUCCAUUAUCCUCCAGAUCCUCAAUGACCUCCUCAGAGCUGCCCUCCACCACCGGGAGGUGCCACCUGCCAUCUCUCACUUGCACUCUCUGACUUCAAACCCUCCAGCCGGCCUGCGGAUCUAUGCAGACGAACAGGGGAAAGUAAAAAGUAAAACAUCAGAGAUCAAAAGGACAGAGCACCCUGGUAAAACUAGAGAUGAGAAGAGUCGACCCCUCCAUGCACCCUCACAGGAGAACCAGGCAUUGCACUGUAAGCUAGAGCGCUUGCAACUUUUAAUGCAACAGAGGCGGACCCACAGGCGAACUCGUAGAAAGUUUCGCCUCACCCAAGCGUCUCUCCCGUACCAUCAUCCUCAUCAUUGCUCCUAGUCUGCUGGCUGUACUUCAGCUGUACCAUCAUCCAGACCAGAGUUGACUUUGUGAAAACUUAAAAGAGCAGCAGGGACCACCAAAUGUUUCUGAGGGACAACAAGGGAUUUUUUUACUUUAUAGUCUUUUUAGGAGAUAUCCAAGGAGUCUGUAUUCUGUUGUUGACAAUGUUCUGAGUCUGUGGCUUCAUCUGAGACUGUCCAGCAGGGACACCACUGUCAUUGAUAUGUAGCAUAGGUCAUCUUAGACAUGGUGUCUCAUACAAUAACCUCUUGAUGAAUGUUUAAUGUAUUCCAAAGCAUUAGCUGUACAUGUCCUGAAUGUAAACUGCUUUGUCUUGUGAAGAGGACGUCCCUCUAUAAUGUUUCUCUUAUGCAAUACACUAUCUAAAUGUAAGAAUAAGCAACAAAAAAUGUAAAGAAUAAAAUAAAAAAAUGUUAAGCACAGAGAUGUUUGUGCUUGACGCC